UUAACCGGAGCUUGGACUUUGGACAUAUGCCCCGCCACACACCCACAGACCACAGUAUUUGCUCAGAAAAAAACAUAGACCAUAGUCUCGCUCGUUCCCACUAUUUACACACGCACGCGCGCUCGUUCCCUCGCGUACCGAAAUGGCCAAUCAAGGCUCCCUGGACCCGGAGACAGCGAUCGAGUAACGACCUCAGGCUCCUCACUUCCUCAGGUCGCCUACUUAUUACAGCUGCGUGUAUACACGCACGCAGGGACCAUAGGCCCAUUUCAUUCGGCCAUCGUGUGCGAGCGUAGCGUACGCGGGGAUGAGGGAAGGAGAAGACCGGCCGGCAGCUCGGGAUGGGCUGGUUCGCGGUGGCGAGGACGCUGCCCUUGCUCCUUCUCGUGGCGCAGCUCGCCACGGGCGGGCCGCCGCCUCACCGGAUCCUGGUGGACACGGACAUCGACACCGACGACCUCUUCGCCAUCCUCUACCUGCUCAAGCACGACCGCGCCGAGUUCGACGUCAAGUGUUUUCACAGGCUAUAACUAUCAGCGCGAACUCAUGGACUGAUGCUGGUCAUGCAGUAAACCAGCUGUAUGAUCUCCUCUACAUGAUGGGCCGUGAUGACAUUGCGGUGGGAGUCGGAGGGGAGGGUGGUAUAUCCAAUGAUGGUAGAAUUUAUCCUCACGUUGGUGGCUAUUUCCCAAUAAUUGACCAGGGAAUGUCAACAAUAGGGGAGUGUCGAUACCGACAAUCAAUUCCACAGGGAUCAGGUGGCCGCUUGGACAUCAACGCGAAUUAUGGAGUUCGACGGGAAAUUCUUCCUCAGGGAAAUAGAAGUUAUUCCCCUAUUCAACAGCCAACAACUCAACAAGUGAUGAUUGACACCAUAUCUGCUGGGCCAACGAAUGUCUUCCUUGUCGGAACACAUACAAACUUUGCGCUGUUCCUCAUGAGCAACCCGCACCUAAAGAAAAACGUGAAGCACAUUUACAUAAUGGGUGGGGGUGUGAGAUCGCAAAAUCCCACUGGUUGCUGCCCCAAGAACGACACAUCAUGCGUGCCACGACAAUGUGGUGAUCAUGGCAACAUGUUUACAACUUACACCAAAAAUCCAUAUGCCGAGUUCAACAUAUAUGGAGACCCUUUUGGCGCGUAUCAGGUCUUUCAUUCUGGUAUCCCGAUCACCCUUGUGCCACUCGAUGCAACCAACACGAUACCAAUCACUGAGUCCUUCUUCAAGGCAUUUGAGGAGCAACAGAGCACUUAUGAGGCACAGUACUCCUUCCAGUCUUUGAAGAUUGCUCGCGAUACCUGGUUUGAUGACCAAUUCUACACAAGUUACUUUAUGUGGGAUUCUUUCAUGUCUGGUGUGGCACUCUCAAUAAUGCGCAAUGGUCAGAAACCGAAUGGCGAUAAUGAUUUUGCUGAGAUGGAAGUGAUGAACAUAACUGUGGUUACAUCCAAUGAACCAUACGGUGUGCAUGAUGGAUCAAAUCCAUUCUUUGAUGGACAUGCAAGCCCAAAAUUUGAUUUACUGAAAGGUGGUGUACAUAGUGGUCAUGUUCAGACAGGAUUCAAUGAUUCAUUUUGUGUUUUGAAAGGGAGCACUAAAGGAAAAUGCCAGGAUGGAUACACCAAAGAGGUGCAAGGUCCUGACUCGGUUGCUGUACUUGUCGCAGUGAAGGCAAAACCUAAUAGAAAUGUUAAAAGUCCUCUUGAUAGAGAGUUUUUUUACCACUUUCUCGAGGUCCUGAAUCGCCCUGAACACACUGGGCACUUCAAUUUCACCGAUCAGUUUCGUCACUACAAAGAGAUUAUGUACAAACCUGAUUUGGAACAUCAGAUUAGAGGAAAGCCUGUCAUAUUUGACAUGGACAUGAGUCCUGGAGAUUUUCUUGCUCUCUUGUGCCUCCUGAAAGCACCUAUGGAAGCAAUUGAUCUGAGGGGGAUAUUGGUAAGUGGCAAUGGUUGGGCAAACCCAGCUACAGUAGAUGUUAUCUAUGACGUUCUUCAUAUGAUGGGCCGUGAUGACAUUCCAGUAGGACUUGGGAAGAUCACUGCACUUGGCGCCCCUGACCUUGGAUGUGAAUACGUGAAAGCCAUACCACAUGGUUCUGGUGGUUUUCUUGACACUGACACCCUUUUUGGACUAGCCUGGGUGUUGCCCAGAAGUCCUAGAAGGUACACAGCAGAAAAUUCAGUAAAAUAUGGUGCUCCAAGGGACACCGCGCGCCCUGAGCUCAGGCAGCCAUUGGCUUUUGAAGUUUGGCAACAUAUUAGAGAAGAACUCAAACCAACUGACAAGAUAACCAUCCUGACCAAUGGUCCUCUCACAAACAUAGCAAACAUCAUUCUAUCUGACCCAAAAGCAGAAUCAGUAAUUGAGCGCAUUUUUAUAGUCGGGAGUCAUUUGGCUGGCGGAAAUGGAGAUCGAGGCAAUGUGUUCACUGUUCCAUCAAAUAAGUUUUCAGAGUUCAAUUUCUUUCUUGACCCUCAAGCUGCCAAGGCGGUUGUAGAAUCCGGUUUAGACAUCACUCUCAUUCCUUUGAGAGCUCAACGCCAGGUGGAUUCUUUCAAAGAAGUCACAAGAUCGUUGUGUACUGCUGAGAAGACUCCUGAAUCAUCGUUUGCAUACCAGUUGUUGCUGUCAAUGCAGAAACUGCAAAAGAAUAACCAAGCAUAUCAUCACAUCGACAUGUUCCUUGGUGAGCUUCUUGGUGCUGUGUUCUUGGUUCAGCAAUCGCAUCUGAAUCACUCGAUCACCCAAAGGGCUAUCACUGUUAGAUCUGGUCAUGUAAACAUCGAUGGUCAGACCAUCCUCCGCGGGACGAACGGAAAGGUAGUAAAGGUACUAGAUCAUCUCGACGCGGAUGCUUACUACACCGAGUUUGCGAAGCUGCUCAAUGCGAAGAAGCAGUCCGCAGUCGUGGGUAGCUUUGAUGAGCAGAAAAGAAUGUGGAACAAAUGACGCGGUUCUGCCAGAUAGUCUGGCGCAUGGAAAGGAAAAUAGGAUUCUCACUGGCCCUCCUCCUUUUGUUGUAAAAAUGUCAACACCGCAAAGCUCGCCGGAGGAGAAAUUCAAAGCAGCUGCGCAAGACUGCAGAUUUUCAUUAUCUAUCUUUCGAAUACCUGCUGCUGCUGGCUUGCUGCAAGCCUGCAAGAUGGUCGCCGGUGAGAAAGAAGGGAGUCAUGCAAUAGGACCGGCAACCAGGAUGGUGACGAUGGGACUUUUUUUUUGUGUGCUUUGCUUGUAGUGAUAGUUUGGUUUAUGUUUUUUCUGUUUGAUGGGAAUUGGAGGGUGAAAUCCACGUCCUGUAAUGAAAUAGUUGAUUCUCUUAUGCAAGGUAGUUUUGUGGUAUGAUGAUGAUAGAGGAUUCUGAAAUUCCAGAUGUAUGGUUCAAAACAUUGCAUAUAUGCAGCAUGAUUUGGUAA